AUGCGUCGACCCGCCCUUGUGACGACUCUCUUCGCCACCCCGGCGCUCCUCCAGGAGCAGCCCGGCGGCUCGUUCGCGAUUGGCAAUAUCAAGGGCGAGGGAAGCGGAAGGGGCUUUGCCUUCACCUCGUUCAACGCCACCAUUGGGGUUGAAGAUGAGGCACCCGCGCUCGGCUGCACGCUUUCCAUCGAGCUGAAUGACGUGACGGAGGGUUACCGGAUUACCGUGGGCCAGAUCGAUGUCUCGGGCAAGUCUGGGCUAGACACGGGCGUGCAGGCUACGGUCUCGACGUCCACGUCCUGGACGGGCGAAGAAGGAAGCAAGAUGUCCGAGGACCAGGUUCUUCUCGGAAGUGCCGUCGCGGGCGGCACCUUCGCCGGACAAGCGAGCAAAUGCGGAGACCCGGCCGUCGAGCUCAACAUCCACGUCGAUGUUUCCCUGGAGCGCGACGCCGACGCCGAGGAAGCUCAGGGCGAGCUCUCAGUCGCGUUUGCGAGGUUGAGGAUCGACAUUGAGGAAUGCGAGGCCGAGGCCGAGGAGCCCGUCGAGGAAGAACCUACCGAGGAGGAGCCUGUCGAGGAGCCCCCGCGGAAGAAGAAGACCCCGUUGAGGAGGACGAAGGAGGCGCCCCCUGCUGAGGAGGAGCCCGUGGAAGAGGCACCCGAAGAUGAGUGCGUUGUUGAAGAGGACCCGGUCGAGGAGGUGCCCGAGGAUGAGUGCGCUACGGAGGAGGAAGGGGAGGCUGCGGAGGAGCCUGCUGAACCCGCCGAACCCGAGGCGCCAGUUGAGGAGGAGGAGCCCGUGGAAGAGGAGCCCGUGGAAGAGGAGCCCGUGGAAGAGGAGCCCGUGGAAGAGGAGCCCGUGGAAGAGGAGCCUGUUGAAGAGGAGCCUGUGGAGGAAGCUCCUGUUGAAGGCGAACACGCCCAUGGACCAUAG